UCUGACCUCUCUUUCUCUCUCAAGCAUUUCAUCAAACACCUUCUCUACAUUUCACCACCACCAUAACUCCACCGGAAACAGCAUAUUCCGGCGACAAAUAACCGUCAAGUCCUCCACAAACCACCACUUUCUGUUCACAUCUUCCUCUAUAAACCGACGAUGUAACCGGAGAUGACGGAAACCGGUUAACCACUCGAUUGUCGAACAAACUGUUAAUAGAUGGGGAAGUUAGGGUUAGGUAUAGCGGCGGCGUGUGCGGUGGCGAGUUGCGCGGUUGCGGCGGUGAUGGUAGGGCGGAGAGUGCGGAGUCGGAGACGGUGGUGGAAGGUUGUUACGGCGGUGCAGGAGCUUGAAGCUGCGGCGGCGACGCCGGUCGGACGGUUGAGACAGGUGGUGGAUGCUAUGGCGGUUGAGAUGCACGCCGGUUUAGCGUCUGAAGGCGGUAGUAAGCUUAAGAUGUUGCUCACAUUUGUUGAUAAUCUUCCCGACGGGAGUGAAAAUGGAAUAUAUUAUGCCUUACAUGUUGGCGGCACCAAUUUUCGGAUUCUAAAAAUCCAGCUUGGCGGUCAAAGGUCAAUUCUUGGGCGUGAUGUCGAGAGGAAACCCAUUCCACAGAGUUUAAUGACCAGCACAAGCGAGGAAUUUUUUGAUUUUAUUGCGUUGGCCCUCAAGGAAUUUAUUGAAAGAAUGGGAAACAAUUUGCAGCUUUCACAAGUUAGAGGAAAGGAUUUGGGCUUUACGUUCUCGUUUCCUGUGAAACAGACGUCUGUUUCGUCAGGCACUUUGAUCAAGUGGACUAAAGGUUUUGCCAUCGAAGACAUGGUUGAAAAAGACGUCGUUGAAUGUCUGCAAAAAGCAUUGUCUAGAAGAGGUCUAGAUAUGAAUGUCGCUGCACUUGUGAAUGAUAGUGUGGGAACAUUGGCUGUUGGGCACUUUCUUGAUAAAGACACAGUUGCCGCAGUGGUAAUUGGUACUGGCACCAACGCCUGUUAUUUAGAGCGGGCCGAUGCGGUUAUUAAAUGUCAAGGCCUUCUCUCGACUUCAGGAGGCAUGGUUAUCAACAUGGAAUGGGGUAAUUUUUGGUCCUCACAUUUACCUCGAACAUCAUAUGACACUGAUCUUGACGUUGAGAGCCAAAACCCAAAUGAUCAGGGUUUUGAGAAAAUGAUAUCGGGAAUGUAUCUAGGUGACAUAGUACGAAGAGUAAUUCACAGGCUGUCGAUAGAAUCUGAUAUCUUUGGACCAUUGUCUUAUAAGCUGUCAACACGCUUCGUGUUGAGUACACCAUUAAUGGCAGCCAUGCAUGAAGAUGAUUCUCCCGACUUGCGUGAAGUUGCCAAGAUUUUAGAAGAAACCUUGGAUGUAAGAUGUUGCCAAUAUACACACACUAGAGAUACGCGAUGUCCCAUUAAAAGCAAGAAAAAUCAUGGUCAAAGUAUGCGAUGUGGUAACAAGAAGGGCUGCCAGGCUGGUCGCUGCAGGCAUUGUCGGGAUCUUGAAAAAGAUCGGGCGAGACGGGACAGGUGGCAUUUCGAGUGGAAGAAUCAAAGGUUACAAAAGUGGUAAAAUGAGAAGAACCGUGGUGGCGGUUGAAGGCGGAUUAUACACAAGCUACACCGUUUUCAGAGAAUAUUUAAACGAAGCUGUUGCGGAGAUAUUAGGGGAAGAAAUCGCCCCGUAUGUGAUCCUCAAAACAAUGGAAGAUGGAUCAGGGAUCGGAGCGGCUAUGUUGGCGGCUUCGAAUUCGGCCAGAAGUGUGGAUACAGUACAGGUUCUAUGAACAUAUAUAUUUAUAUAUAAAUAUAUAGAUAUACAUAUUAUAGCACCUGUAAAUUGUAAAUGUUUCCAUUUUUCUAUGUAUAGAAGGAAGUUGUAAAUAGGUCAUAUAGCAGUAGAUUAAGUUUGUGUCAGUUCUUUGUAGUUUCAGAAUGUGUUCAUUCAUUUCUUAGGGUGAAAUAGUAGCAAUUUGUGUUUUUUGGGUUGCUGAAUUGUGCAGAUUUUGUAGUUUUUAAGUUAUUAAUGUUUGGUAAAAAA